AUGAUCUACCUUAUUUCGUGCUCUACGUUUUUUAACUAUCGUGACAAGCUCGUUAUGUUGGAUACCGUCUUUAUUUUGUUAUCACUUUUUGGUGAUAUUUAUUCGCUUCCUGAGCAUAAAUUGAAGGUUCCUAACAGCGAGAAUGUGGUCGAUCCUUGUGAUCCAAAUAAACUUGUUACGUCUAUCGGGCAUACGAAUUAUGAAGGUGGUGGGCCUCUGAAUCCCUUUGGUUCAGACUUUGAACAAAAACGGUCAUGGGAUUUACUUUGUUCAUUGGACAGUGAUGGAGAUGGAUUUACUAAUGGUCAAGAGUUGGGAGAUCCUAACUGCCAGUGGAAAGUAGGUGGGAUACCAGAAAGAACAAUUAAUAUCACUCAUCCAGGAGUAUGCACUCCUGUUGAUUCUACGGUGUGCAAAAGUAAAAAUAUUUGUAAGAUACUAAAUAUAACUGUUCAAGAUAUUUUAUAAAAAAUUUAUUGAAACCAUUUCUUCAUAUUACAUCAAUUGAAGUGAUCACUCAGUCAAUUCAACAACUCAGUUUCUUGACAAAAUAAAAGAUUUUAAAGAUAAGCAGUGAUGAAACAUCAAUAACCUUUGAUGUAACUUUACUCAUCACUUCAAUCGACUCUUAUCUAGCCAUGGGAACAGUGGAUAUUCAUCUGAAGAACAGCUAAACUCUUUGCAAUAAUACGAAGCUAACGGUUCAAAACCGAAUAGAGUUGAUCUAUUUAUAUCUCAUGAUAUAUUUACAGUUCAGUAGGAACAUUUACAAACAAACAAACAAACAAAAGGAACAUCUAUGGGAUUGAUUACUGAAACUAUAAUGUAUAGUCAUCCUUUUCAUCAAGACAAAAAUUUUGAUUCGGUACACUAACUACACAUUCAUAAUUCUCAAAGAAGGUGACAUAGAAAACACUUUCAAACUAAUCAACCAAACAUUUGAAGGAAUUCAAUUUUUAAAAAGAAGAAAUAAAUUCAACAAAAACUUUCUAUUCAUCGUUGACUGACGUUGAGAAUCUGGAAGUACUGCACAGCCGUGUCGUCCUAGUUUAGGACUCUUCAGCGGUACGCGCCCAUGGCUCUGCUAGGGAUCGAACCGUUACUUUCCAGUUCCGUGGUCAGCACGUUACCACUGAUCCACUUGGUCGGAAUCCAAUUCUCCACAUUCCCAACUGCUAAAGAGUCCCAUACUAGGACAAAACAACUGUCCAUUGCCCUCAGAUUUCCAAUGUUCCUCCAACUGAUCUCAGUCCAUGAUGAAUAUCAACUUAAAAAAUCCCUAAAUCUCCAAGAAUAACUAAAUUCAAAUGUCCAGUUUCUUGCAUUAUUCAAUUUACUGGGAUUUUAUGACUACGAAAUAUAAGAAUAGAACUUGAUCACUGUGGUAGGUUGUAAUCCCAUUUUAGUCCAUUAAUUAGAAAUUCUACACAGUUAAACAGUAUCACUUACCAGAUAAAGACGUUUCGGACACAAUUUAUUGUCCAUGUUCAUGUCAGGUAACUCCAACAACAACUUUGAGACAGAGUUCAUAUAGUCCUAAUUUUCUCUCUUUCUUUAUCAUGACAAGAGAAGUAGAAUUUACCAUAUAUCUGAGAUAGGCGCACGAUCAUUCCUGGCACUGUAUGUAUUUGAUGUGGAUUCGAUUUUCAACCUUUCCUUCCACUGAGCUAAAUCAGCUUUGAAUAUUUUCGCACUGUUCCAUCCUAUUAUGUAGUUGUGUAUAAUUGCAUGCACAGCCAUAGCCGAACUUUUUUUUUACAGAUUUCUUAUCUUAUUACGAUUUAUUAAUCUUAAUUUAGCUCGGUUUUCGUGCACUAUCAUUCUAAUCAACCCUAGUCGACUACUUUGAGCUCUGUAUUUCAC